CUAAUGAUUCCUAAUUAUUGUGUCCACAGUCAUGUUCAUGCAAAUUACAAUUCAUGCAAAUUAGUACAAAUGCUAGACAUGGUCAUGUAGCUCGGGCAGAAGACCAGGACUAAUACAACACCAAGGACAAUAUAUGGGUAUUAGUUUUGGAGAAGAUAGAAAAGCAAUAGAAGAAACCAGUAUACAGUCCCCUCUGAAAGUAGUGGAGUGACAAGGCCAAUUUGUUUUGUUUUUGCUAUACACUGAAGACAUCAAAACGAAUAUGAGACAACAGAUCAGAAUUUAAGCUUUCAUUUCCUGAUAUUUACACGUAAAUGUGUUAAACAACUUAAAACAUGGCACCUUUGAUGUCAGACCACCCAAUUAUUAGGUGAGCAAAAGUGUAGGAAGAAAUAGUCUUAAAAUAAAUUAAAGUAAAUAACAUUUAAUAUUUGGUUGCAUAUCCCUUGCUUGCCAUAACUGCAUCAAGCCGGCAACUCACUGACAUCACCAAACUUUUGGAUUCUUUUGUGAUGCUUUUCCAGGCUUGUACCACAACUACUCUCGGUUGUUGUUAGUUUUGGGGGGUUUCUACCAUCAGUCUCCUCUUCAGGAGGAGAAAUGAAUGCUCAAUUUUGUUAAGGUCUGAUGACUGACUUGACCAGUCUAAAUCCUUCCACUUUUUCCCCCUGAUGAAGUCUUUUAUUGUGUUGAAAGUGUGCUUCGGGUCAUUGUUUUGCUGCAUUAAGUUCUUCCCAAUUAGAUUGGAUGCAUUAUACUGUAAAAUGGCAGACAGAAUGUUUCUGAUAACUUCUGAAUUCAAUCUGCCGCUACCAUCAUGAGUUACAUCAUGAAUAAAGAUUAGCGAGUCCAUUCCAGAAACAGCCAUGCAAGCCCAAGCCAUGACGCUACCUCCACUGUGCUUGACCGAUGAGCUCAUAUGUUUUGGAUCAUGAGCAGAUCCUUUCUUUCUCCAAUUCUUUCUCCACAUUCCGAAUUGUUGUAUUGGCUAUGCCCAGUGCUUGUGCAAUGGCUCUGAACGUUGUUUAUGCAGCAUAUAGCAAAAACAAAAGAGUUGGCCUUGGCAUUCCAAUACUUUCAGAGAGGACUAUAUACCUAUACAGGGUUUUUUUUUAAUAUCUGUAUAUCUGUAUAGCUAUAAAGGGUCCUUUUAUAUGGUUGGCAAAUGCUAGAAAAGUUCAGGCCCUUCUCUCCCUCUCUGAUUACAGCCACGCCCUUGAGUACAGUUUAAGAUUGCAGUUGGACUGUGAUUGCAUUUCACUGUGAUACUAGUGCAAUGGACUGAUGUCUUCCACAUCAUCCCAUUGCUAUGCUUGCUCCACUGGCUUUCUGUAGCUGCUAGCAUCUGAUUGAAAAUACUUUUGGCCUACAAAGUCUAAAAGGUCCAGUGCCCACCUACCUUAAAGCACAUAACGUAUCCCGCCCUGUACUACGCUCCCUCGGAGCCUCUAGCUCUGCUUGAUUGGAUCCACCAUCUCUCAGGGUACAAGGAAGACAUAUAUCAUUACUCUGUUGUGACACCCAGGUGGAGGCAUGAACUUCCCCUACCUCCACCUAUCUCUUCACUACCACACUUGAAUUAGCACAUUUUUUUAUCUAUUAUUAAAAAAAACCCACCUUUUCUUGUUUAUUUUCUUUUCAUAAUGUACAAACCUUCCCUACAGGGUUUUUAACCUAAUGUAUUCUUACAUUAUUCUAACUAAUCUCAGACUAGCAGUUCUGUAAGUCGCUCUGGAUAAGGGCAUCGGUUAAAUGCCAUAAAUGUAAAUGUAUACGUAAAUGAAAAGCAGUGCAACAGGGAAUUAUAUUCACUUCUGUUGCAAAGUCAGCAUUCAAUUCUUAAAAAUGUAAUCCCCUGCUGAUUGCUUUUCACUGAAGAGAUUAAGUGAUGUAAGAGCAAUGUAACAAAGGUUUUGCUUUCCUAGUACCAUCUGUGUAUUGCAUUACACGUUUUUCCCGGUGUGAUUUUCUGUCUGGUACUGAAUCUUCUCCAUAAUCACUGUGUGUUUAGAGCUGACAUGCACUUCUCAGGUGCAGCUUCUGAUUCUGAUGCAACGGACCAAAUGCUUUUUGCACCGAGUUUACAUAGUGUAUAAGUCUGUCAUAACAAAUGUCAAUUGGGCACAUUCUGACAAUAUGUACUCAAACUGUCUUACCGUGUGACACAGCAUUUACGUUUGUGUUGUUACCUCACUGCAACUGCUUAAUCUUUAAUUUUUUGUGAUUAGUACUCUGCAGUUUGCAGUGUAUGUAGGAGAUACUUAAGCUGAGUUUUUUUCCCUUUAUGUUCCCAUUAGUCACAUAGAUCAACUCAGCCUUUAAACAGGAAAUGUUUUUAUUCUGCAAAAAGAGACCACUUCCUCAUCUACAUAUACUUGAGCACUAUAGAGAGCUACUGAGCUGACAGAGCAUUUAGCUCAGUAUAUCCUGAAAAAGUUUAGAAAUAUUACUGAACAAUGCAUUCUAUCAAAGUUGGAGACAACUGCACAAAAUACAGGCCAGCGAAUCUGCAGUCACAGCCAUCUUCCCCACAGUCUCGCUGCUCUUCUCCUUCAGUCUCCAGCAGCAAGCUCAUCUCUUCAUCCCAGAAACACAGCAAAAAAGCACUUAAACAGGCUCUGAAACAGCAGCAGCAGAGGAAUCAGCGCCGUCAAUGUGGGAUCCCCACAGCCUCCAGCCCACGACUUCUGAUUAAAACUGUUAAAAAUAUGACUGAUUCAGCAUCUUCCAAAACUGGCUGGGAGCUAAAACAGUCAGAACGUUGCCCUGCCAGUCCCCAGAACUCCACCUCUAGCUCCUCCUCCUCUGUCAAAGCAGACUCGUGCCACAACGUCGGUUCCAGGAAGAUGUCUCAACGUUCCAGUCGGCUCAACGCCCGCCAGUUGAGACGAACCAAGUGUGAGAUUGAUGUGGAGACGCCUGAUUCCAUCCUGGUAAACACUAAUCUACGGGCCUUAAUCAACAAACACACAUUUUCCAUGUUGCCCCCAGAGUGUCAGCAGAAACUUCUGAAGCUACUGCCAGAGAUUGACCAGCAGUCAUGUAUGGAUGGACUCCUGAGAGUAACUAGUUCGGCUUUGAACAACGAGUUUUUCACAUCAGCAGCACAGUCUUGGAAGGAGAGGCUAGCCGAAGGUGAAUUCACCCCAGAGUUAAGACUAAGGAUGCGGCAAGAGAUUGAGAAAGAGAAGAAAGUGGAGCAUUGGAAAGAGCACUUCUUUGAAAAUUUCUAUGGAGAGCAGUCUGGAUUAAGCCUUGAGGAAUCCAGAGAGCUGACAGAGACUGAAAACACUUCUACACCAGCUAAAGACUCACCCCAGCCUGGAAAAACAGAGUCUAGCACUGAAGCACAGAAGCCAAACCACACUGUUGAGGUCACUCACAAGGAGCUGAGAUCCAGAGAGGUGAAAACAUCAGUGCCUAUAAGCCAUCCUGAACCAGAGUCCUUCCAUGCUGAUCCAGUCACAGAAAGUCAUUCAGCUUCUGAUGAGGCAUCUUCAAACGCAAACGCAAAGACUGCAUCUGUGACACAGGAGGAAUCUACACCUACUGCAGAGAAAGUGGUGGAACCAUUAACAUUGAGUGUAGAUGAAAAGGUGCAAGAAAGCAAGACUAAUAGCCCAACAUCUCCUCAAGAACCUAGUUCUAAAGGAAAGGAUACCAUAGAGAGUGAGUCUAUAACGGUUGAGGGGGUUGGGUCACAAGCGUCUGAAGUUACCACUGAGUCACUGAAGCGGAAACUCUCCACUGAGCAAGAAGUAGCAGAGAAGAAACCUCGGGUUGCAGAAGGGUCGCCCCCACCCCCAACAGAAGGGUCACCGCCAACAACGGCUUCAGUAACUGCACAACAGAGAGUGCCACCUCUUAAAAUCCCUGUGUCACGAAUCCUGUCUGCCCCUGGAGCUCCAGGCCAAGUGUCUCCAAGGACUCCUCAUCCUUUGACACCACCCAGUAUCCGCCCAGGAUGCACCGGUGCACGCACUUUAGCUGACAUCAAAGCUAAAGCCAAACUAGCUCGGGAACAGCGUGCCGCGGCGGCUGCAGCAGCAGGUGCAACACGUAGAGGAUCCACUUCAGGACCUAGCUCAUCUGGAUGUACCUCCACACCCUCCCCAGUCCAGUCCUUGUCAGAAGAGUUUUCACCAGCAAGCAGUAGAAGCCAAUCUGCAUCUCCGGUAAAGAUUAGUGCCGUGUCUCCUGUCCCUGAGAGCCCAGGAGUUCUCUCGCAAACAUCUCCUUCCUCAGGUGCUACUGGGCAGAUGGACCCUAGUUUUGUUCAAAGCUCUAGCACAAACCAAUUUUUUUCAAAAGAAAACAAGUCCUUUCUGGGUUCCCAGAUCACUCAGCAUGCAUCAAAUCCUCAUUUGAAGGAGCAUUAUCUUCUCCUUUCUGUUGGUGGAAUGCAUAUAUCACCUUCAAAUGCGCUGGCAUACAACCAGAAAGCACAAGAGGCACCUUUGCCAGGGACCUCAGUGAUCAAAUCCAGCUCCUCAAUUCCUGCCAAUAAUCCGCUGGUCGCUCAGCUCCUUCAAGGUAAAGAAGUUCCCCUGGAGAAGAUUCUUCCAAAACCACCUUCCAAGAUAAAUGUGCAGCCUCCGACUGUUGUAGCACAAGAUAAAGGGAACCUGGCUGUUAGGACAUCAGGGAUAGGGAAGGAGAAACCUGUAGAUGCAGAGGACAUUAGCAGAUCUAGACUGCUGCAUUAUUCAGGCAGACCUGGGACCAGUGUGGACAAGGUUCUCCAUGUUCUAAGGCAGCAGAGCCGAAUCUCUCAGCCGUCCCAAUUUGACCCCUGUCUGCUUGGAUAUCCAGAGAGCUCUAAUGAACAACCAAGGUUCCAACUAGGCCUCACUGGACGAAAGAGGGUGUCCAAACCCGCCAUGACAGGACACUAUCUCCUAAAUAUCUCCACAUAUGGCAGAGGAUCUGAGAGCAGCAAACGACCUCAUCUGGCCAACCUAAAGAGAGAAAACGUGGAAGGAGAAGAGAAAGAAGGGGCAGAACUUAAAGAGGGCCGUCAUGCAUCUAUAAAAGGGCAUUCUAACCCUUCUGGGGUUAAAGUUGAACAGCAAGGAUUUCACAUUACAAGACCAGAUGAUGCACCAGGAUACCAGCAGUGUCCUCAAAUAAAGUUAGAGUCUCAGUCACUGAGUUGUUCGUCCAACAAAGAAGAAGGUGGCACUUCUACAAGAACCAAAGAAAUAUCUCCAAGAUUGCACCUUGACACCAGUAAACAGGGUAUCUCAGGGCCGCAUCAUUCGAGUGACUGUAAGCCACAAGUAACGUCCUUCCAGUCACAGAGGUCACAGGAUGGACAAGACACUAUGACGGGUACUUUCUAUGGUGGCACUAUCAGCAUGUCCAUGCCUCACUCAAUAAAUCAUAGCACCACUGACUCUGGUGCCUCUCCUAUGGUUACAUGCAGUAAUGAGAACACCAGCGAGGGGAUGAUGUCAUUUUCCGUGACUGUCACUGCCAUACCUGCUGGUCACCUUCUCGAUCAGGGUAAGGGUGAGACCUCACCUGAGCAGGCCUUCAUAGAAGCUUCUGGAAUGGAGGACGUCCAGUCGAAAUGCUACUGUCGGCUAAAGGCCAUGAUCAUGUGCAAGGGAUGCGGGGCCUUCUGUCAUGAUGACUGCAUUGGACCCUCCAAACUGUGUGUCUCCUGCUUGGUGGUACGAUAAUGGCGAUGAGGACCAAAGGUGAUCUUAAAGUUGAUAAUACUUAAACUAUCAAGUAAGUGUGAACAUGUUGAAGUGAAUGGUGAACUUCUCACUGUGUUGAUGUGUCCAUAGGAGUUUGGCUUUUAUGCUGUUGAUCUCUGGCUUUCCAGACAUUUAGUAUGUACAUGUACAUAAUUUGUGCAAUGUUAGAGUAAAACUUCCUCUCAGUUCAUUUACUGAAAACUGAGCACCUUGUUCUAGAUGCAAGACUUCUUGAAGAGUGGCAAUAUAUAAACGCUGGUCAUGUUCUGG